AUGUGGUAUGCCAAAGUAUACGACCCAUUGACUGCGGGUAGUAUCGAUGGUACCGAUACCAUACCUCACGACCACGCCGUUCAGAGAGCACAGGAAGCUGUCUUGACUGGUGACUCAAGAGGAUAUGCAUUCAUCGAAUACACUCACGAGAAGUCAUGUCAAGAUGCGUACAAGAAUGCGAAUAGAAUGAUACUUGAUGAUAAACAAAUCCUUGUUGAUUACGAGAGAAGUCGCAUUAUGCAAGGUUGGGUUCCGAGAAGAUUAGGAGGAGGAUUUGGUGGCCGGAAAGAAUCGGGCCAGCUACGAUUUGGAGCCAGGGACAGACCGUUUAAACGGCCCUUCGCUACGAUGACUGUUGGCGGCGAGACUUUCUUCAAUCCUCGAAUCAGCAGUCGCACAACCCACCCAUCCGAUCAGUCUUUCAACAAGCGAGAUCUUACCAUAAUCGAGACCAUGGAUAUGCAAGACACGUUAAAUACAACAAGCGGUCGCCUGAUCGGAGUCGUAGUCCUCGAUCGCGGAAAAAGAACGAUAUUAGGGAUCGACACAGAGAUGGGAUAG